GUUUCGUAAAAAGUAGAGAUUAAUAUAGAAAAAUCAUGGCCGACAACAGUGGGGCGACUAAUGUAGUACAAACUGCGAACGGUAAUGCUGCCGCAACUACCGGUGAUGGUACCCAACAAGGUCAGCAACAGCAGCAACCACAGCAGGGAUUUUUUGGCAUACUUAAAGGUCUUGUGAUUAGAAUGGCUAUUAUAUACAUGAUCAGUAGCUUCUUCCGUCGUGGUAGCACACCAGCAACACCUGCAACUACUGAUGGGACAUCACCUCAGGCUCAGGGAUCAUACAUCUAUACUACCAAUUUGUUUGAAAAAGGCACAUUCAUGGAUAUGUAUGUGUAUGUGUCUGAGAAUGAAGAAAUGAAAGAUUUUGAUGAAUCUGAACUAUUCUGGGCAAAAAAGGGAUUAAUUUAUGGUGACUGGGAGUCAGGACCAAACAAAGAUGGUACACAUGAAUUCUCUGGAAGUAUACCAGCAUCUAAGGCUGUACAGAAUAAUGGUUCAAUAUACAUUCACGUGUAUGUUGUAAAGGAAGGUAAUUCACCUGACCCUAAAAUGAAGGAGCGUUACAGCAAGCGAGACAUUGUAUACCGUUCAAUGCAAUUGAAUAAGUUCAAGAAAAGGCGAUUUCUGGAGACAAAGAAUUUACUGACAGGAGAAACAGAAGUUCAUCCAGAUUUAAUCAAGAAACCAAACUCUUCAGAGUUUGAGAUAUUGUCUCACUGGCAUCCAAAUUUAACCAUCAACUUUUUGGAUGAUCAUACAUCAUGGGUUAAAGGUCAUAUACCAGCUCCCUUGGAUGAAUAUGUAGAGUUUGUGCCAGGACAUGCCAAGUAUAGACCAGUUCUCUACUUCAAUGACUACUGGAACCUCAACAGUGAAUAUCAGCCCAUCAAUGAUACUAUACAGAUGUUAAACUUUACCUUAACCUACACACCAAUAAGUCUGUGGCGCUGGCAGAUGUACGCAGCUCAGGGCAUGAGGAAUAAGUGGACCAAUAUGCUGGGAGGCGGUGUUGGCGAGGAGGACCAGGACCAAGAUUCUCUAAAGACAGCAUUUUUGGAGACUAACCCGUAUUUGUUGGCUCUCACUAUAAUAGUUUCCAUCGUACAUAGUGUGUUUGAGUUCUUGGCAUUUAAAAAUG